AGGGUGGGGAGUUCCCAGGUUUCUGCUUCUGCACCCAGUUCAACUGUAGACACUGAUGGCUGUUUACCUUUGCUAAAAGCUGUUGUUUUUUCUGGAACAAAAUGAUUAAUUUCGUUGAUUUCUUCAAUAAAUUAUUUUCAUGAAGUAUACAAAUCGAACAGUAUGUCCGAUCUAUUUAAAUCAGCAUUAGGGUACUUCUCUAGCAAUGUGCCUCGAGAGGAACACGCUUUUGUUGGUCAAAUUGUUGAACUUGAAAAACAGAAACUAAGAGUGAAGAAAGUAAUAGCAGAAGGAGGAUUUGGUUUUGUCUUUGUUGCACAAGACAUAUCUACUGGCAAAGAAUAUGCUCUGAAAAGGCUUUUAGCUGGUGAUAGUGAUGCUAAUAAAAGUAUACUUCGAGAGAUUAGAUUUUUAACAAAAUUAUCUGGUCAUCCCAAUAUCAUUCAAUUUAAUGCUGCAGCAUCGAUUGAGAAAGAACACUCUGAACAUGGUAAAACAGAAUACUUAUUACUGACAGAACUUUGCACAGGAGGUCCAUUAGUCGACGCUUUGAAUGCUAGGCAAAGUCCACUAUCAUGUGCACAGGUUGUUCAAAUAUUUUACCAAACAUGUUCAGCUGUUCAACAGAUGCAUUCUCAAACCCCACCUAUUAUUCAUAGGGAUCUUAAGAUUGAAAAUUUACUUUUGAGUGCUGAUGGUAAAGUAAAGUUAUGUGAUUUUGGAAGUGCCACUACAAAAUCAUGCCAUCCAGAUAAUACUUGGAGUGCUAUUCAGCGCAGUUUGGUUGAGGAUGAGAUGUCUAAAAAUACAACCCCUAUGUACAGACCCCCUGAGAUCCUUGAUACUUAUAAUAAUUAUCCAAUUAAUCAGGCUAUGGAUGUGUGGGCUCUAGGGUGCAUCUUAUUUCUGCUUUGCUUCAGAGAACAUCCGUUUGAGGAUUCGGCUAAGCUUAGAAUACUCAAUGCUAAGUAUAACAUUCCACCAAAUGUAACAGAUUAUGAUGUUUUGCAUGAUUUAAUAAAGGGUUGUUUGCAACUUAAUCCUGUUGACAGACCUAGUGUUAAAGAAAUUCUGGAAAGGCUGAAUGAAAUCGCUGAUGCUAGGCACACAAAUUUGGAUGCACCUCUUCACCUAGGACAACCACUAGGCAACAAUGCACCUAGCCCCAGUCAUAUCCCUAAUCGAAAUCCUGUAAAUGAACAAAUGAGCUCUGGACCUCCUCCUCCUAGACCACCACCCCCAUCAGCAAAUGCUGAAUCUACAAGCCACAUGAUGAACAACAAUGCCGCCGCAGGUGCUGGCUUAUUUGGUUCUUUGAAAGGUGGGGCUGGUAGUUUUCUCAAAAAUCUCAAGGAGCAGUCUUCCAAAGUGAUGCAGACUGUUCAACAGUCUAUUGCCCGUCAAGAUUUGGAUUUCAAUUAUAUUACUACUCGAGUUGCUGUCAUGUCAUAUCCUGCCGAAGGCAUAGAAUCUGCUUACCGCAAUCACGUGGAUGAUGUUAGAGGUCUUUUAGAUUCCAGACAUCCUCAACACUAUGCCAUUUAUAAUGUUUCUGGACGUGCAUAUUCCUCUGUAAAGUUUAAUGCUAAAGUUAGUGAAGCUGGCUGGCCGGCUAAGAAAUCUCCUCCUUUGAAUACAUUAAUUUCUCUCUGCAGAAAUAUGUAUGCAUACUUAAAGAAAGAUCCUAAAAAUGUCUGCAUUGUGCAUUGUUUGGAUGGGAAAUCAUCAUCUGCUGUACUUGUUUGCGCAUUCCUUAUUUUUUGUAAACUUUUUAAAAGGCCAGAAGAAGCACUUCAACUGUUUGCUCUUCGAAGAUGCUGUGUUAAUAUGGUUCCUUCUCAAUUGAGGUAUAUACAGUAUGUAGCUGACUUAGUGAGCGAUAAACCAACUUAUCCACAUACUAGUCCUGUUACUUUUAACUAUAUUGUUUUAAAGCCAGUUCCUUUGUUUACUAAGUUAAAAGAUGGUUGCAGGCCAUUUGUUGAAGUUUAUGUGGGAGAAACCAGAAAUUUCACUACUUCUCAAGAAUAUGAGAGAAUUAGGCAUUUCAAUGCAUAUGAUAAUGAAGUCAGAAUUCCUAUAAAAACAACUGUAGUUGGUGAUGUGACGCUUGUUGUGUAUCAUGCAAGAUCCACUUUUGGAGGAAAAGUUCAAGGAAAGGUUACAGCUUUCAAAAUUUUGCAGCUGCAGUUAAAUACAGGAUUUAUAGCUCCAGGAACCCAGUCCAUGACUUACAGCAGAAAUGAGCUAGAUGGCAUUGAAGAAUUGGACCGUUAUCCUGACAACUUUUCUGUGACUUUGGGGCUUGCAGUUUCUGAUCAGAAGAAGCCAGAAAUUUUACCUGUUUGGAAGGAAAUUGCUGAAAUGCAACCAAAACCCAGAUUAUUGUUUAAUACUGAUGAAGAAAUGGAUGCAUGCUUAACACAUUUCAGCAAACCUGGACAGGAACCUGAAAAUGUUACUGCAAAAGAGUUUUCAGCUUCACUAAAUUGGCAAGAGAAAGAAUCAUUUGUAAUUGCCAACCAACCACCAAUCUCUAACAACGCGGAAAAUUCUACCACUCCUGUCAAUCUUUUAGAUAUUGACGGAGACAUGAAUGGUACCCCUAGCAAUUUUGAUCUCUUAAGCAAUGCACCAUCCGUUCCUCUUAUAGGUUCAAAUAAUAAUGACCUUAACUACAAUAAUGGAUUUGGUUCUUUUUCAAACAAUAUGGCUGAUCAGAAAACUACUAAUGUUUCUGAUCCAUUUUCCGUGUUGCAAAAUAAUACCAAUGCAUCAAACAGCAAUAGUAACCAACCCGAUUUGUUUGAUUUUUUUGGUACUUCAAGUGCAUCAGGAUUUGAUUCAUUAAAGACAAGUGUCAGUGCAAAUUCUACUCCCCAGCAUAAGCCAGCUAUGUCUUCCAGUGCAUCUGCAUUCAAUAUGAGUGCAGCUGCUGCAAAUCAAGAUUCGUCUUUGUUGGGUAGUUGGGAUUCAGUUUAUCAGCCUGGAGCUUCAACUAAUGCUCCUCAAUCUUCUGCAGCCAACUCUGCCGGACCUCAAACAUUCUUAGGACCGCGACUUGCUGCUGGUGGAAUACCGAGAAAUGCUUCAACCCCUAAUUUGGAGGCUCUUGCAAAAUCAGAUCCCUUUGCUGAUUUGGGUACAUUUGACAAAUUUAAUCAGGAACAGCAAUCAUCAGAAAAAACCUCGUCUGCAAAUGCAGGAAAUCAGUUUUUAAAUACCAGUCCACAGCACUUUCCUAGGCCACAGUCCUAUGCUGGCACUGCUAAUUCAGCAUUUCAAGGGGCUGCCUCUAACCCACCAUCCUCUAAACCUGAUUACAACAGGGGACACUUUUCAAGUGUGUUUGGGGAAAGAGAUGGUGGAAAAAAGGGAGGAGGAGGAGCACCGAAACCAAAAUUGGCAGAUGAUGACUUCAGUGAUUUGAUUGGAGGCCAAGGCUUCACAGGUUUCACUAGUAAGAAGAGAGAUGGCCCAUCCACAAUUGCUGAAAUGAGACGAGAAGAGUUAGCUAGAGAACUUGAUCCAGAACGUUUAAAAAUAAUGGACUGGACAACUCAUAAAGAACGAAACAUUAGGGCUUUAUUAUGCUCUUUGCAUACUGUGUUAUGGGACGGCACUCGUUGGAGUGAGUGUGGCAUGCAUCAACUUGUAACUCCUGCUGAUGUCAAAAAGAUGUAUAGAAAAGCAUGCCUUGCUGUUCAUCCAGACAAGCAAGUAGGUACAGAAAAUGAAAACUUAGCUAAAUUAAUAUUUAUGGAACUAAAUGAUGCUUGGAGCGAAUUCGAAAAACAAAAUAAUCUUGCCUAGUCACGUUCAUCAGUCUUGUAUCUUGCCGUUUUGACUUUUUCUGUCUGCAGCAAAAAAAUGAUAUCUGUUGAGUUCCAUUCAGAUGUAGUUAUUCAAUGUUCACUAUUGACAGAAUUUUUCUUAUACUGUUACCUUCAUGUUAAAAAGAGAUCGCAGCAUGCGUAUCGUACAAUAAUAAAUAAAAUUUAAAAGUUAUAGAAUAAAUGUAAAUGAAUACUAAAAUUUUAUUUCACUUUAGAACACCUUGUGUGGCCUUACUCUUGGUGCAUAAACGUUUGAGAGUUCUAUCAUUAAAAUGUAUGUGAUUUCAUUUUGUUUGAGUGUAAUUUUAUUCAUCACUGUUUAAGGAAAUUCUUGAAUCUUAGCAGUUUGUUUGAGGCUGCUCGGUGUGUGUGAUAGAGAAAUAUUUUUCAAAUCUGUAUAUUGUGGUAUGAAAAGUUCCACUUUUGGAAGUUAAAUGUUGUUUCAUAUUUUUUUGGAUUAAGAUGUUUCAAAUUUUAAAGUGAUUACUUAUUGUUAUGAGACAAUUUGAACUCUAAUCAUAUGCUAUUUACCAAAUCUAAAAAAGCUAGAAAUGUUUUGUUUUGUAGAUUAUUUUUUGUUGAAAUAAUUUUGAUUGACAUUCUGUUUUUAAGGAGGUCUUGUAAUUUUUUUUUUGGUUACAUUCUUGUUUUUAUGAACUAUGCAAAUAUUUGUGUGUUUUCUUUUAAAUAAUCAAAUAGUUUUUUAAUGCUUGAAAAAAAACGUAUUAAGUUGUUUCAGUAAUUAAAAAUUUACUUAAAAAAUUUCCAUGUGCCAAAAGCAUAAAUAUUUUAUGUAUUUUUGCUUGAUGCAGUCAGGAUAGAACUGAUUUUGAUAAUCUGUUACUUUAAAAAUGUAAUAUUGUGAGUUUUAACUACAGUAUACUUUUGAUUAUCCAAUUGUGAAUUAUCUACUUAACUCUUUAUUUACCAAAUUUUUGAAAAAUUAUCAAAAAUAUGGGAAUGUCUCAUUUAAUAAUGUCUAUUUUAAUAUUUCUUUUAUGUUCAAUAUCCUUUUCAAAUUUUUCAAGAAAUUUUUACUUUGGGGCUUACGCUACGUUAUGAAGUAUUAAUUAAAGUUUAUAAGAUUUAUUACUUUGUAUUAUAACUAUUUUAAAAUGUUAAUAAUGUAAUAAAAGAAGCAUGACUUACCCGCAAAAUUUAUCGAGCUAGUAAGCUGAGAAUUGGGUAAUUAUGAAAAGACGUACUCGAACGAAAUAUCUGCAACUAAAUAAUUCCAUAGGUGUAAAGGAUUUCAUAAUGUUGGUAGCUUUAAAUUUCUGAAAAUUAUGUGCUGUUUGUUUCAAAAACUUUACACUCACAAAAAUAUUACAAAGAUUUAAAAAAUGAAAGAAAAAUUAUUUGUUCUAAAAAAUUUCCACAAUUUAUUUUAAAGUUUCAUAUCUUAUGUUGAUAUUUCGCAAGUUUCUGCCUAAGUCAUUGGGAUUAACAAAGUACAUAAACUCUACUUUUUUAAAAGUGAUUUGUAAAAUUUUAUGUUCUAUUCUAUAUUAAAAGUUUAGUUAAAAACUUAUGAACUAUAUUAUUUGAAAAAGAUAAAAAAAAAAUUUUCUAAUAUAAGAGUAUUGUUAAGAGUUUUUUUAGAGGAUGGAGUUGUGUAUAGAUCAAACUCCUUUAUAGUUUCCAAAAAUUUCUCAAGGUCUUCAGAGAAUUUUACUUGAGUCAACUGUCACUUCUGUAGGUGAUGUUCAAUUUCAAAUAAUCACGUGUUGCCAACGAAAGUCAUAUUACAAGCUCCGAUGGGAUAUUUUGAUAAAUUCUGCAUGGAAAUAAUAAUAGUAGAAUUUAAAAGUUCCGUCAGUAUAUAUGGAGUUAAGGGCUUAUUCAAAAGCUGGUUUAAGUACAUUAAGUAUUGCAUGUGCAAAAUUCUACAGUAAAUAUUCUGAAAUGUCAUUAAUAUUUUGUCUGGUGAAGAUUACGUCAAUUUUAUUUUACCCUUUACAGAAUUUUAUUAAUGUGAAAUUCUUUCCCUCUUUUAUUUUGUCUAUUAUUCUGCAAUAUUUUUGAUGAUGAAAUAUUAAAAUGAUGUUUUCAACACAAACUUAUAUUUUCCAACCAUUUUGUGGAUAAUUUGUGGAAUUCAAAAAUGUUCAGUUACCAUGUUGCACAAUUUUAUGGAUAAUCAUUUGUUUACUGUGACAAAUUUUGUUAAUUGAUGUAAAUGCUAUUUUGGAGCAAUAUUGUGUGAAUACUGUUUUGGAGCAAUAUUGUGUCCCUGCCAGUCAUACACAUAGAAAAUCACAAUACAUGCUCCAUUUUUUUCUCGCAUCAAUAAACUAGUUCUCCCUUAUUUAUUAAGCAGGAAAACAGAGUGAAGGGGCAAAACAUUAACCCAAUUUUCCAUGUUAUAAAAUAUAGAAAUAGUGAAAAAGAGAAAGGAUCCUUUAAUUGAUCCCAUUUGGAAAGAAGCAUUUACUCAAUUUCGCUUAGCAAAACCAGUUUUUCCUUGUCAUUAAAUUGAGAAUUAGUGAAAGGAAAAAACAAUGUUUAAAUUUUUCCCCUUUGGGGAGAAACAUUCUCCCAAUUUUGCAUAGCAAAUCCAGUUUUCCCAUGUUAUUAGACGGGGAAACAGAGUAAAGGGAAGAACGAGUCCCUAAAUUUAGUCCUUUUGGAAGGGAACAUUCUUUAAGUUUUCCCCAUUUAGGGAGAAACAUUCAUUAAAUUUUUUUCCAUUUGUAGAGAAGCAUUCACUCCUUUAAGUCCUAUUUGCAUCAAUGACAAUGACAGCCCUAUUUGCAUCAAUAAAUGAAAAACUUCAUUCCAAUAUAUUAAAUCAGUUUAACUCAGCUGUAGAGGUGUUCUAUUAAAAUCCCCCUUUUUAUUUAUUGUAGCUUUUUCUUUUUUGUAAUAUUUCUUAAUUUAUCUUGAAUAGAAUUAUGAAAAAGCGUUUUUAAGUUUGAUGCUUUUUUUCUUUGUAAGGAUUCUGUGUUUUUUGAAGUACUGACUGUACUUAACUUAUAUUGUGAUGCAUUUAUUUGGAUCUCUAUCUUUACUGUAAAAAGUUAAGUAGUGUUCUUUUUUUUAUUGCUUUUUUUGUAUAUAUAUAUCACAAUAAAAAUAAUUCCAAAAUCAAAUAUAGGAUUUAUAUAAUUUUGAUCAAAAAUUAUAUUGAAGUUAUAGCUUUUCAUGUAUAUAAUGUUACUCUUCGAACAUUCCUUAUUUGUAAUAAACUCAUUAAAGUGUUGCUGAUAUAUUAAUAAAAAUUUUUAUAUUAUAUUUAUUUAUUUUCACUGUAUUAUAAUUUUGUUAGCAUAGUGCUGUAUUGUCUUUAGUUUGGGCAUAAUUAAAUAUAAUUUUCACAUUUAUUCCACUUCUUUAUAGUCUCAAAUUCUGAAAAGGUUUAUUUUAUGUUAUAUUUCUUAAUUUAUGUGUAAAAUAAUUAAUAAUAGUAUAUUGUAAUAUAUCGGUGUAACUAUAAAAUGAGAGAUAUUUAAUAUAUUUUUUUAUUCAUAUUUAUGUUUCAUUUGUUAUAUUUAUAUUUAAUUAAGCAACUGUUUUUUUCUUCUUAAUAUAUGUGUUUAAAUUUUCCUUUGUUUUGAAAAAUGAUUGGCAAUUUGACAUGAUGAAUGUUGAAAGCUGUUAUACAUACUUGUACAUAAAAAUGUGAAUGUUAUUAUAAUCAAUGUAGAAAUUAAAAAGCAUUACAUCGAA